AGAAAAAAGAGGUGCAGUAAAAAAGAAAAAAAGGAGGUGCCAUAAAAAGAAGGUAGGAGGGGCAAGCACAAGUGUUUGUUGAGGGUGAUUCUGAUUGGCUGGCAUGCAUGAGAGUAAGACACAUCUCGCUUCAUGCCACCGUCUGUCUGGUCACCGGGUUUAUUCAGGCAAUGUGUAUGUGUGAGAGCUAGUGCUGGAGAAAGCAACAAUCACAGAUCUUUAGGCUGCGUUUACAGAUGCUGUCAGACAAGCUCUGCUGUGGCUGUCAACUCUACAUUAACUUUUGAAUGGGAUUUAUCACCGGCUUGGCCAUCGGACUCGUAUCUUAAAACGAUGGAGACCCUGUUUGCCAGAGCACUCUUUGACAACACGGCUGAAAGUGAAGAUGAGCUGGCUUUUCGCAAGGGUGACAUCAUCAUGGUCCUUGAAAGAAACGUGGUGGGAAGCACUGGAUGGUGGAAAUGUUCUGUUCAUGGACGAAAGGGUCUGGCACCGGCGAACCGCCUGGGUCUCCUUUCUCCAGUACAGGCUGAGACACUUUGUGCCAACUUAAGUACUGAGUGGGAUCCCUUGGGUAAACAAAGCAACAAGAAUAUCUAUCAAACCCCCAAACCUGCCAGGCUAUCACCAGUGGAUCCGAUUUAUGAAGAUAUGAAUAUGAUAUAUAAGCUGUCCUCACCACACAUCCCUUCAGCAGAUAAGCACAUGUCACAAGAGGAUCAGGAAGGAACCGGCUCUCCACGUGACGCCUCAACGACUUACUCCAGAAUCGGUGCAGAACUAUAUGAUGUUCCUAGCUUGGUUAGACAAACAUCCAUGUUUACACCAUCAACAUUGCAACCAUCUUUGCAAAGGAAAUCCUCUUUGAUAUCUACAACAGAGAUUCCUAAGAGAUAUGAAAUGCUACAGAGAUCUACCACACAAAUUCAUAAGAGAUAUGAAACGCUACAGAGCAAGAGAUGCACCAAUGCAACCAACCAGAAUGCCUGCAAAGCAGCACCACUGGCUUCCCAAGACCCCAAUUAUGACAUUGUAUUACCUUCCAUCAGUGAGGACAGUCAAAAACCUCAAUUUGGUUAUAGUACCAUGCCAAAACCUUCAAAGUCAGAGUGGAUUUACGACGUGCCAGUCUUCAUGCAAAAACAAGGUGCUGAACCAGGUCAUUACGGCACAAUGCCACCCAAAACUAUGAACUCGAACAAGCCACUUUACGACGUUUUGCCAACUCAUGUUUGGCCUAAAAGUAAAGACACUCUUACCCAGCCCCUCUAUGAUAUUCCCAAACCAAGCAGUGCUGUGCAGACUUGUGUAGACACUGAUUCAAGCACCUACGAUGUCCCACCUUGCCUCAAACGAACAGAGACCCCCGCAUUACCAAAACAACACAGCGUUCCUGAAAAAAACUCUAACAGCAGCUAUGAAACCCUUGAAGGAUUCAGGAGUAGAACCGGACCCACAUGUGAACAGCUUCCUUGUUGGCGCUCAAGGAAUCAGACUUUGCCCAGGCCGCCUGUGAGAAGAGAUGAUGAUGAUAGCAAUGACAACCAGAGAAGCUCAACAGUAUCCACCUCCUCCACGGCAUCCAGCUCCUCAAGAAGUUCCUGCGACUCCUUCCUGCUCAGUUCCCCCGAACCCGAGCCCUUCCGUGAGGUUAUGCUUUCCCAAGAGGAAGUUGGCCAACGGCUGCUCGAGCUGCAGGACGCCGUGUGUCAGUCCGUACCCAAGCUGAUGUUGUUCGUCAGCAGCCAAUGGAGAAUCAAGGAGCACCUCAGUCAGCACCUUCAACAGAUCCGCUUGGCUACCGAAGAAGUGACGGAAUCCAUCACCUGCUUCAUAAACUUCGCCUUGGACGUCAGAGGCAACGCACAAAGAUUAACGGAUUACAACCUGCAGACGAGGCUCCUGAAGCAGCUGUCCAUCGUUGAAGACUCGGGUUUGAUCCUGCAGCAGGCUGCAGAUGCGCUGCGAGAUACGGACUGGCUCCUGGAGUCGCUGGCUCAGGAUGGUGGGCAUUUACAGACACCUGACCACUUGGAGCGGUUUGUUAUGGUGGCUCGUACUGUACCCGAGGACGUGAAGAGGCUGGUGUCCAUCCUGAACGCAAACGGGAAGCUUCUUUUCAGAAUGCCCGUGAAGGAGCUGGAUAUGAUGGAACAGACUGGCUUUUCUCAAAAGAGAAUUUCAAGCAAACGUGAAGUAGACUCAGGAAUAGAUGAUAGUGACUAUAUACAACUUCAGACAAAGACAGAAGAUUUUGACCAACUACCAAAAAUGUCAAAAGGCAGCUUUAAACAAAAGAAAAAUGUUGAUACCUUGAAAAAACAGUCUCCUAGCCCCUGCUGUCCACUCCAAAUGUCAAAGAAGCCUUUAAUCUCUGACCACUGCAGACUGUAUUUCGGAGCCAUUCAGAAGGCGAUCAAUGUAUUUAUAAGUAGUCUAAAUGAUGGUGAGCCCCCUGAAAAGUUCAUAUCCCACAGCAAACUGGUUAUCAUGGUGGGCCAAAGACUUGUGAACUCACUAUGUAGUGAAGCUAAAGGUAGAGAGGCCAGCCGGGAAAUGUUGUCUAUGAGCAAUCAGCUAUGUGCCCAUCUCAAGCAACUAGCCAUGGUCACCAAGAAAGCAGCUUUGAACUUCCCAGACAAGACUACACUGCAGGAGGCCCAGGACACAGCCAAAGAGCUGGCGCAAAGGGCACAGCACUUCAGAAUGUCACUGGAUGUCUGAACAGUCGUACUGUAUUGUUUUUAUCUUAAGGAGGUGGGAUGUACAGUAUAUAUGCGAAAUAUCUGAAUCUUUUAGGUUUGUAUGUGAGUCUAUACCAGCCAUCCUUACACCCCACAAAAUGUUGUAGUUUUCAUUUUAAUGUAUUAGUCUGCAAGAUGAGGCCAUUUUAAAAGUAAUAAAAGGACCACUUAUAAUUAUGAUUUAUUAUGACAGAUGAUGACAUAACAGUAAGUGAUAUCUAGUCAUUGAUGUGUAGAUGUUAAAUAUAUAGUUAAACACUUGCAUCUAUUUAUCUUAUAAGUGUACAAUGUACUUGCCCAGCCAAACCUCAGACUUUAAAUGAUUUAAGCAAAAAUUGCACUUUUAUGAUGCCCAACACUGUAAAAAAUCCUUGGUAAUCAUUUUUAGUAGGCUAAUAGAGUUAGGCAAAAUGUUUGUUACUACUCUGUGUAACAUUUUUGUACAAUAACUUAAGAAUCAGCGUUUGAACAAACUGUACAUAUUUUCUCUGCAUACAACUUUGAAUACAACUUUUUAAAUAUGCUUUCCAACCUUGUUUCUUUGUUUUUCAAUAUUGUCUUUAACACACUGUGAGAAUGCAAUAUAUAUCAGGGAAUUUUUCUUCUCGACACAAAUAAACCGUUACCUACAUGCAAUUUCGUUUGUAUGAUAUAGAAUAUACAGUAUAUGAUAUAUGAUAUAGAAGAGUCUAAUUGUAUCUCAAUUGUUGAGGCCUAGUGUUUUACAUCGACUGUUGUAAAUUAUUUUACAAAUGUGUCCCUAACAAAUAAUCAGGUUAGUUAGGUUUGGACUCUGCAAUAAGGAAACGUUAUCGCUAUAGCUUUGGGUUACUACCUGUAGCUCAAUACAGCA